AUGCUCGAGGGAGGAACAGGCCGGGAUUUUCUUGGAUUUUUGAACAUUUGCAUAUCCUCCGGCGACAUGAAUGGGCAUGGCCUUUCUCCCUAUCUGUUCUUUUUCAUGAACUUCGUAGCUCUGGCUCAAUCACUGAUUUCCAGAAUCUGGGUCGUUGAAAUACGAGAAGAUUACACGAUAGAGGACCAUCUCACAUUCGUGGGCAGAAAAGUGCCCAUUCAUGAACGUAUACGACUACAACCACAUCACGACGCAUAUACCAUUCCAUCCUCGAAUGAUGAUAACAAUCUCAUCAGCGCUAUUCGCAGCGAUCCCGGCGUGGGGUUCGUUGUCAAGGUGCCUCGGAACUACUUGCGACCCAUUGAAGAAGCCUUUCCAUAUGGCUUUGACGAAGACGAUGAAGAAAUUUAUACUGCUCAAAGAAGCUGGUUUGGUCUCCAAGAAGCAGAUCCCGAAGUUCAGGUUUCGGAUUUAGGAGGACACAAAAUGCCCUUUUCUUGGUAUGUAACGCUCAGCACCGAUUACAAUAUCGACGAGCAUCUUGAAAACACCGGAGUGGGGUCAGGAAUCAUAAAACGAAAGAUCUAUCAACACGAUGAUCACCACUACAGCAUCUCUCUAUACGACAAAGUAUCAGAAAUCUGGUACUUGUCCCUGGCUCACGAAGAUUACGGCGUCGAGAUUAUUCUGCCAACUCGCGGUUAUGGAAACGGUGCUGUCAUUCAUGAUGUGAGUCCAGGCUCCAUGAAUACUUUGGACGAGAGAAAACCUCAAAAGAACUGA